AUGUGUUGUUGUGCUGUUCAACCCUAGAAAAAAUAAGCAACACCAUAUUCUCAACAGUUCCAGGAAAACAAUUACAGCACUCGCUUUCUCUCCAGAUGGAAAAUAUCUGGUUACAGGAGAGAGUGGACACAUGCCAGCAGUUCGGGUGUGGGAUGUGGCUGAGCGAACCCAGGUGGCUGAGCUCCAGGAGCACAAGUAUGGCGUGGCCUGUGUGGCCUUCUCCCCCAGCUCCAAGUACAUUGUUUCAGUGGGCUACCAGCAUGACAUGAUUGUCAACGUGUGGUCAUGGAAGAAAAACAUUGUAGUGGCAGCCAACAAAGUCUCAAGUAAAGUGACAGCCGUGUCAUUCUCAGAGGACUGCAGUUACUUUGUCACUGCUGGAAAUCGACACAUCAAGUUCUGGUACCUGGAUGACAGCAAAACCUCCAAGGUCAAUGCUACAGUCCCCUUGCUAGGUCGCUCAGGAUUGCUUGGAGAACUGAGGAACAAUUUCUUUGCGGACGUGGCUUGUGGAAGGGGCAAAAAAGCUGACAGCACCUUCUGUAUCACAUCCUCAGGCCUGCUCUGUGAAUUCAAUGAAAAAAGGCUGCUAGACAAGUGGGUGGAGCUGAGGGCCACUGUGGCAAACUGCAUCUCUGUGAAUCACGACUACAUCUUCUGUGGCUGCGCCGAUGGCACUGUGCGGAUUUUUAACCCUCUGAACCUUCACUUUGUCACGACACUGCCGAAGCCACACUUCCUGGGAACAGACAUCGCGAGUGUGACUGAGGCCAGUCGUCUUUUCUCUGGUAUGGCUGAUGCGAAGUAUCCCGACACGAUUGCCUUGACCUUUGACCCCACCAACCAGUGGCUUUCCUGUGUGUACAAUGACCACAGCCUGUAUGUGUGGGAUGUCAAAGACCCGAAGAAAGUGGGCAAGGUGUACUCUGCUUUGUACCACUCUUCCUGCGUGUGGAACAUUGAGAUGUAUCCGGAAGUGAAGGACAACAAUCAGUCAUGCCUCCCCCCUGGUUCUUUCAUCACCUGCUCCUCUGACAACACCAUUCGUCUGUGGAACACCGAGAGCUCCAACAUUCAUGGCACAGCCCUGCACCGCAACAUCCUCAGCAACGACUUGAUGAAAAUCAUCUAUGUGGAUGACAACACUCAGGUACUUUUGGACACUGAUUACAACUCAGUGGGAAGUGCAGACAAAGCUGAUGCACAAGUGAUGGAUACAAAGGUGGGGAUACGUACUGUCUGUGUGAGUCCCAGUGGGGAGCAUCUGGCCUCGGGGGACAGGAUAGGCACUCUCAGGAUAUAUGAGUUGCAGUCUCUGAGGGAAAUGCUGAAGGUGGAAGCCCAUGACUCUGAGAUACUAUGUCUGGAGUACUCCAAACCUGACACAGGCUUAAAGCUCUUAGCCUCAGCCAGUCGGGAUAGAUUGAUUCAUGUCUUGGAUGCUGGAAAGGACUACAGUCUGCAGCAGACCCUGGAUGAACAUUCUUCUUCCAUCACUGCUGUGAAGUUUGCAGCCAAUGAUGGGAAAGUGCGAAUGAUAAGCUGUGGGGCAGACAAGAGCAUCUAUUUCCGCACUGCGCAAAAGACAGGAGAAGGUGUUCAGUUUACCCGAACACAUCACAUUGUUAGGAAGACCACUCUGUAUGACAUGGAUGUGGACCCCAGUUGGAAAUACGCAGCUAUUGGAUGCCAGGAUCGUAACAUCAGGGUUUUCAACAUAAGCAGUGGGAAGCAGAAGAAGCUUUACAAGGGAUCCCAAGGUGAAGAUGGCACCCUCAUCAAAGUGCAAACAGAUCCCUCUGGUCUGUAUAUUGCAACCAGUUGUUCUGACAAGAACCUCUCCAUCUUCGAUUUCUAUUCUGGCGAGUGUGUCGCAACUAUGUAUGGACAUUCAGAGAUUGUAACUGGAAUGAAAUUCAGUAACGACUGCAAACAUCUGAUCUCUGUUUCUGGUGACAGCUGUAUCUUCAUCUGGCGUCUGAGCUCGGAGAUGACCAUCAACAUGCGGCAGCGACUGUCUGACAUGAAGCAGAGAGGAAAGCAGGCAGAGAAGUCUCCUCAGCACAAGACAACUGGACUCAUGAGGCAUGAGUCCAUCUCUGCCCUGUCCUCUGUGCCUGCACUCUCAUCAGACAGUGACAAAGAUGGUGAAGAUGAAGGGAAUGAUGAAGAUGAAUUACGUGGGCUGCAGUCUUUCCAUAUUCAGUCCAGCUGCAACACUGAUAGAGACUCAGAUCCAGACCUUACCCUCUCAAGAAGCCUUUCCCAUUGGGAAAUGAGAAGAGCCAAAGAGAUAGCGGCAAUCCAGCGCUCAGAGGCACCAAUGAGCAAGAUGCCCCGGCAACGUGGGCGCUGGUCCCAGCCAACCAGCAACAUAGAGAUGACUGUGAAAUCCAUGCUUGACUUGCGUCAGUUGGAGUCUUUCUCGGUUUCCCGUUCUCCGAGUCGAGACUCGCUGUCUCAAAACAGCAAUGGGGACGACAGAGAAGAGCAGGCAGAUCUUCCUGUGCAUAUCAACAAAGUUGGCAGCUCAAUACCUCCCCAAGAUAACCGGUCUUGUGUGCGACCCCAAGUGAUUCGGCUUGUGUCUUGUGAAGAGGGGAUUUUCUCUCAGGAACUGGAACCUUCUGAGAGUGAGGAGUGUGUAAUCUACCCUGAGCAAGAUGAAAUCCAUCCCACAGACCCUAGCAGUGAGUUCCAGGUAAAAGCAUUGCCCCAUGGGAAGUUAAGUAGAGGUUAUCACAGUAAUGGAUGUCCAGACAAACACAGUCCUGACAGUGCCUGCUCUGUAGAUUACAGCAGCAGUCGUCUGUCCAGCCCAGACCAUCCGAAUGAAGAUUCUGAAAGCACUGAGCCCCUAAGUGUGGAUGGCAUCUCAGACCUGGAGGGAGAGGAAGGAGAGGAGGAUGUGGGUACUAGCAUGCCGGAGGGAGAAAUCCCCCAGACACCCGAUCAGGAAAAGUUCCUCAAGCAGCAUUUUGGGACCCUGGGCAGUGCUGAUGGAAAAGGUGGCUCUUGUAGGAAUCUGGAAAGAACUGAAAACCUCAGCAUUUCCUCUCGCUUUCUUUCCCAGUCCCCGGCUCUCAGACGAUUGUCACUUUCUUCAUCAAAUCUGAUACUGGAUUCAAAGCCCAUCGAGCCGCCAACCCAGACCAAUCGGUUUAUGCCAGACCUGUUGAAAAAUGGCAGCAGCCAUCCUGGUGAUGCAUCGGAGAACAGCCAGCUCCUGGAAAGUAUAACUUCAAAUCAGGCCGUUUAUGUCCAGAAAAAACGCAGAUCAGCUUUGGAGGCCAGCAGAGUUGGUAUGGCUCCUGGACGGGUUGUUGCAUCAUUUCCAGAAGGCCCUGUGAAUGCAGUGAUGAGAAAGGCACAGUCAGUUCAUGACCUCGUUCAUGAGGAUAAGGGUCCUGGAGUGAUAUCCUCUGCCAAGCAGCGUCCUCAGACUCUUUUAGUGGUGGAGAAGGAUCCCAGACCUAACAAUUGCAGGGUGUUAUCAGCCAGUGUGUUGAAGAUGGAUGGAUCUGGUGCUCUGCUGGCCAAAGAUGUCAGGGCUGCAAAACCAAAAUCCUACAUGAACCCCACAACCAGCUUCCGGGCUAAGAUGUCAAGGAGCAUAUCUGUAGGGGAGAAUCUGUACCUUGGUUACUCCACCGAAAUGUUGACUGAUGGGAGGAGUAGCCCUCCAGUGGCAGAGAAGACACAGUUUAGUUCCACAGCAGAUGGUGAGAAGAUUAAGCUACCAGUGAAAGAAAAUGUUCCGGUGAAGCCAGCACUUCAGCCAGUUGUAAACUGCUUGUCUCCCAAGUCCUUCCACAGCAAGUUGGCAUCAUCAAACCGAGCACAUCUGAUUCUUGACAUUCCCAAGCCAUUGCCUGAUAGACCCACGCUGGCCUCCUUCUCACCCACUACCAAAACAAAAACCCUGCUUGAGCCACAGUCACCACAGUCACCUUCUGGGGCCUGUAAAAAGAAACCCUCUUUUCCUGAAGUCCGAACCUCCAAAAAGGAGAAUCAAACUGCUGGGUCUCUGGUUCCCAGUAGAGAGAUCCUAACAGGACUUCCUAAGGAGAGCCCAGUGGACAGUCCAGUCUCAAGGACAGGUUGCCAGGAUGAGCCAGAGGUCACUAAUCCAAAACUGAGGGAGUUGUCAGAGGGCCAGCACUUAAGGUCUCCUGAGGGUACGCUGCCCAGGUGCAGGGAGAGGAUCACCGGCAUCGCCUGUGUGCUAGACAACCAACCUGGACUUUGCCCACUAGACCCAAUCAGGCCGAGGUCUCCUACAUCUAUAACUGCCUUGGCACAGGUCUCAGAUUCGUGCAUCAGUGUAGAGCAGUGUGAGCACGUGGUAUCUGAGCUCCAGGACAGCAUGCGCAAAGCCAUUCAUCUCUACCGCAUGGUGUUAAAUGAUAUGGAGUCUUCUACUGACAAAGAUAAAAUAGCAGGCCUCCUGACAGAAACGUUCUCCUCAAUGAAGAAAGAAUUAGACUCUCUGAAGGAUGUUGAAGAGCUUCCAAAGGUUAAGGAGGUACUGGCGAAGCCACAAGAUACCACUAGCCCACUGAAUGAGGGAUGUGGUGCCAAUCUACCAAGUCCCAAGAGUCUGGGAGAUGAGCAGACACUAGCUUUACUGGAACAGUACUCAGAGCUAUUGCUACAAGCUGUGGAACGACGCAUGGACAAAAAACUCUAAGAGGGGUGGCUUUCAGGUGUUUGUGAAUACACAGAAAUAAUCCCAAGAAGAGGACCACAGAGAGAGCUUCAGACUGAUGCUAUGAUCACACUGGUCUAGGGCUGGUGGGAAGACCUUUAUACAUUGAUUUCCUCAGGCCCCUACUUGCUCUAAUUCUUAGCAAUGUGCUGGCCACAAUUUUAAUAUUUUUUUCCCCAAUGGUCUUCAACUUCCUG